AUGAAAGUUAGGUUAUUGAAAAUUUAACAAAUACUUGUUAAGACGAAUAUGGAAUUUGAUGCGGUGUUAAGCGGCAUUGCUGUGAUCCUUUUUAUAACAGGUUAUAAAGCACAGAUAGUCACACUAACAGUUGACAAGACGUUACCAGUAGAUGAAGGAGAGAGGUUAGAGUUUACAUGUUCUUUAACAGGCUAUCCGAAGGUGGUCCAGUAUAUCAAAACACAGGAUACUGGACCCAUAGUAUACUGGAUAACUAUUGGUGGACGGUGUGACCAGAUACUCUACAACAAAACUUUAUAUAACGCCACAUGUGACAAAUAUUAUUCUAGAUUUUAUCUCGAAAUUCGAAAUGUGCCCAUGACGUUCAAUCAAAACAAUAUCACAUGUGAAGCUCAGUAUGAUUUAACUACAGGAGAAACACAAAGUGUUUUACAGACUAUAACAUUAGAAGUAAAGCCAAAAAGUAAGUACAAACCUUAA